AUGCCAAGCAACCAAGCUGAGCUCGACGCCGACGAGUGUGAGAUCGCGGGCGACGUCGACCUCUACGUCAGCGACGACGGAACGAUCGCCGAGGCGAAGCGCCAGCCGCGCGUCGUCGUGCUCGAGCGCCAGCUCUCGGCCAGCGAAAAGGAGCUCCAGCAGGCGGCCGAGUAUGGCAUGCAACUGCUACACGCGAACGACGAGCUUCAAGCGACCAUCUCGCGGCUGCAUGUGGAGCACGACACAAGCGCCAAUGAGCUCCAAGGCGAGCUGCGCGCACUCCAGCGCCACUUGCUCGGCGUCCAAAGCGAGCGCGACAGUUGGAAGCAAAAAUACAUUGAGCUGGACGAAGCAGUGUCAGCGUCGUCGUUCGAGCCAGCGCCGACCACGGCCUCGUUCGUCGACGAUCAAGUCACCGCGCAGCUGGCGGCCACUGUUUCGACGCUCGAAGCGACCGAGCAGGACCUCGCGGCGCUCAUCGUCGAGAACGACCGCCUCCGCGCCCAGCUCUCGAGCGCGCGCGCCGAGACACGGGAAGCGCACGAGCAGCUGCGUGUCCACGCCAAGCUCGGAAGCGACUCGGCCGAGGCGCUGCAAGACUAUCGGCGCGACAUGAACGACCAGCUCCAUGCUGCCAACACCAAGAUCAAGUGGCUGCAGCAGCUCUUGGACGCUCGCGACCAAGUCGAGAGUCAGCUGCACCAAAAGAUCAAUGACUUGACGCUCGAGGUCGAAGCGAGCUCGACCGAGUUCGAGUCCAAGGCCAAUCUCAUGCAGUCGAUGCUGCAAAAGUGCGCGCGCCUCGAGAAGGAGCUCAGCGUCUUUGAGCAGGUCAUGUCCAACCAGCUCUCGCCCGUGUACACGUCGUCGCACGAAGCAAUGCUCGAGGCGGCGUCGUUUGACCGGCUCCAGAAUUUCUUCAACCUGACCGCGCUCGGCAUCGUGCUCGAGAUGCACGCGGAAGAGUACUACCUCGACACGUCGUCGCGCAAGAUGUUUGAGAUCUGGUUUCAACAAGUGCUCGCGUCCGACCUACCGUUCCAGAAGUGGGCGUCGUGGCUCACGCACCGCAUUUCGAACCACAUGAUCGCCACGUCGCCAUCGUCCAACUCGCCAAGGUACAGCCGCCUCUUGCUCAACGUGCUAUAGAAUAUACGUGUGGUCAUCGAUACCUUGGUGUACGUAGCAAAGGGAGAAGCUUCUCGACC